UUAAACGUUUGAAAUAGCUCGCCUAAAGUAUUUAUAAUGGCGUUGAAAUGCUCCAUGUCACUGUAAAACUUAUUCCGGAGACGUACAAUACCGGUUGGUCAGGUUCCAGCACGAAAAUAAUCCGACCGAAAAGCUAUUUUCAAUUUGUUUUCCUCCACCUAUGACAGAUGGAGGAAAACAAAAAUCGUUGAACACACAGUUACAGAUUGUCAAGUCGUCUAUUGCUGGUAUUGCUACAUCUUCUGUAUCUAUCACAUUGAAUCUGAGGCACCACUUGAAGAUCAUUGUUUUUCGUUUUUGUUGUCAUCCCAAAUAGUGUGGAAAAGCUAAAAAACGGUGGACUUAACGUAAAAUUGUUCUAGGAUGUCUCACCAGUAUGAUAUUUUUGAUAACUUAAACAGCUACCUGGACAAAAGCGACGAUUGUGUUAUUCCCGACGAAGACAGUAUCAUUCCCGGCGAAGAUGAUGCUGACAUCGAAGAUAGUAUGGUUGUACCGGCGCCAGACCCAAUGCCGUUGAUAAGAAAAAAGCGUCUUUCUAAGAAAAGUCAGUCAGAGGAGAGUUUAAAAUCAUCGCCGCCAAAGAAAAAUUCUACAAGACACGAGAUUGUACAGCCACAAAGUUCCAACGAGAACGCUGCUUUUCGUAGCACGACCGACAUUCCUGUUAGUUCAGACGCCUGUCAGCUGGAGGUGGAAACGAUAUGCUUAGAUUUACAAUUUGAAGAAAUGGAAAAAAUGUACGAUUUGAUUUUUAACCAAUACAGUUGUACAAAUACGAUGAACAAACGAUACUUAGCGACUCUGAAAAAGCGUUACCAAGCAUUACUAAGACAACGUUCUGCGCCAAGUCUAAGGCCGAGACGUAGUCAUGGACCUUCGUUGCUGGAAAACUUACAGGAUUUAAAAGAUAUAUUUUAUAACAUAUGUGUUAAUCAUAAUUUGAUGGCUUCAACUUCCAUGGCCUCUGCCUCGGAACUGAAUGGAACAGCGGAAGGACAACGGCGCCGAAGGAACAGACAACAAGCAGUCGAAGUGGUCAAUUUAGUUGACAGUCCCGCUUUAAUUCUUCCCGGUGUUAUUAAUUUGGAUUCAGAAGAGGAAGAUACGCUACAUGCGAAAAACAACGCCGAUUAUUCGUUUGAAUCUGAAAACUAUGAAAUGUCGAUCAAAGUCAAAUGGCGUGGUAAGAUUGAGAGAUUUACUCAUCGAAAGUAUCAGAAAUUUGGCGAUUUAAUUGCGCAACUAUCAAAACGAGUAAACGCAGACCCAAGUUGCGUUAUUUUGGAUAUAAACGAACGGAUAAUCGACCCGAACGAUACGCCGGAUUCCAUUGAUUAUAGAAUAUCACAGUUUAUAACGGGUCGUGCUGUGGAAAGAACGGUGGCGGAUAUGUUGACUGAAAAAAAUACAAACACAAACAAACGUUCAAAGGCUGUUGCUAAUAUCAAUUCAAUUACACUAAAGGUGCAAUCCGACAGGUGGAAGCAACCGUUGCAGGUAUUAGUGGAGAAAACCCAAAAGAUGGCUGUUGUUGCUAUCAAGGCAGCUGAAGAACUGAAGUGCAAACCGGCAGAGAUCAAAUUGAGCUUUGACGGUGAGCCGAUUGAGUUGGAUUCGACACCUCUGGACUUAGAACUAGAGGGCGGUGAAGUGCUGGAUCUACGUAUUAGCAAAUAAUGACGCAGGAUUGUUGCUGGAUUGGCUGAUUGUUCUGCACAUUUGUAUCGUAGUGCGUAAGACUCCUGUCUAAGAAAAUUUUAUUAUGCUGAUGUAUUACAUUUUUAUUUAAAUUAA